AUGACGCAGAGCCUCGAAUCCAGACCAACGGUGGUGGACUUUCGCGAGGAUAGCCCGUGGGUGAAGCUAGCCAAGGCUCACUGGUUAGGUGCGAAAGUCCGCAAGGCCAAACCUGAAGUGAUCAAACAACAAUUAUGGGAUCCACUGGAGGCAGAGGGAUUCAAUAGCCGUUCUCUACUGGUUUUGGAAAACUUGAAUGUCUUAGAGAAGUUCCUUUGGCCGACCUAUACUGAAGAUGCUUCGAACCACCACGUCCUUUUGAUCGCGCUUAUUGUCAGCGUCAAAUAUCGCGAACAUGUGCCUAUCUGGGACAUUUUCUCCGACCGCAGUGAUGAUUUCUCGAGUCUCUUCCAUCGCAUCCUUUCAAUGAGCAUCGACCCUUCAUUGCCCACCAAUUCGCGGAUGUCGAUCAUCUCCUUCAUCAUCGGCGCUUUCCAGUCGCUCGAAAACGUCCUGAUCCGAAAAGAAUGCGCCCCGCUCGUUUCUAUCUCAAUCUGGCACAACUUGGUCAGUGAUGACGCCAGGGAUCGGAUCAUUGCGAAAUCUCCUGCUUUGAAAAAAGCAUGGAGGGCCGCGGGGAAGCGAUACGAUGCCGGUGACGAGGUUACCAAGGCCAAGGGUCGAUUUGAACGGUCUUGGCUGUAUACUAUGCUGUUGGAUUUCCUGCAGAAACUGAACGGCCCCGAGAAGCAACAAACCGAGAACCUGCUGUACUGUGAAAGAUUCUUGGAGCUGCUUGUGGAUCUCUUGAGCCAGCUUCCAACCCGACGCUACGCCAAUACCCUUCUCAAGGAUCUGAAUGUUCUACCCGUCAUUCGUCUGUCGCAAUUGUACCGCACUUCAGAGAAUGCUCUGUUCCGCGACUUGUACAACCUUCUCAAGCACUUUAUCGAUUUCGCGAUUGAUGAUUACUCUGGAGAUGCCCUGUCCCCCCAGGCACUCUAUGACCUGCAUUGCAAGGAGUUGGCUCAUCUACAGAGAACCUCCAUGAAGCAUUUCAAGGAUAAACUCACCAUUCUUGCGCUUUCUAACCUGGGAUCAAUUGAUAAGCGAGUUGAUCUUGAAGGGCAAUUGUCCUCUUUGGAUGAGUCGGAGCUGCAGAGCCUGUGCUCUCAUCUGGGAUUCCGAACCAGCUACCCCAAGUCAUCUAACGUAACCCCAGAUCGCCAACUCUGUCUGGAAAUCCUCCUUUCUUCAUAUGAGCGCAAACUGUCUUUCCAAGAGGUUGCUGCCAAUUUGAGUGUGGUUCCCACCGAAGAGAGCCUUUACGACCCAGCAUUGUUGAGAAAUGAGACCUACGAUGGAUCCAGACCUUUGGCGAUUCCAAAAUUGAACCUUCAAUACUUAAGCACUGGAGAUUUCCUUUGGCGGUCUUUCCUUUUGUAUAGAUCGGAGGCUUUCUUCCAGAUCCGCAAGGACAUGGAAGGUCUUGUCAAGCGCAUGCAACCUCGAGCGAACCGGACAGGAAGCUUGACCUUUGAAGGAUUUUCCCGCAUGGCAAUUCCUAUUACCAAGCCUGCUAUCAUUGAAGUUGCACCAGCGAAGGUGGGCUCACCCAAUCCAGCUUUUGUUCGUGCGGAAAUUGCGAUUGAAGUGGGCAGGCUGGCGGACAAUAUCCGAAAAGAAUGGGAAUCUCUCCGCCCAGACGACGUUGUUUAUCUGUUAGCCGUUCAGUCUUCAUCACCCACACUGUUGGGAACUCAAGAUGACAAUGCGGCGGAAGGACCACGCAUGACUCACCUCCGCACAGCACAGGUCGUGCAAGUCCUUGAUGAACAAGGCCGUUCGCUGCGACAGCCAGCAGGCGGUCAAGCCAAUGGUCAUCAAUCUCGCCCACGGGUACGCAAAAUCCUUGUCAAUUUGGACGCCGCAUCGUUCAAGGCGGAUAAGGAUUCUCAAGCUCAAGGCAAACCGGACAUAUACUCUUUGGUCAAUGUUAUUGCGCGACGAAAGGGCCGUGAGAACAACUUCAAAUCAAUCUUGGAGACAAUGCAAAACCUGAUUGUGUCGGAUAUGACGCUUCCCCCGUGGCUUCAAGACAUCUUCCUCGGAUAUGGUGACCCUGCUGGUGCUCAGUACUCUCAGUUGCCAAAUCGUCUCCAAUCUGUUGAUUUCCGUGAUACAUUUUUGGACUGGUCCCAUCUGGUGGAGAGUUACCCCGGAAAGACGAUCGAACCAUCUGGAUCCGAAUCGGCUAGCUUCGGUCCUCCAUAUGUUGUUGAAACAGUCGAAAGCGAACCAGUCGAGGUUUCUGCCCCCGCGAAGAAGCGCCGACGAGACCAAGCUGGACAGACAGAGCAGGGUCCCAGUACUAUGCGUGUCUCAACAUACAAGUUACCGAACCCUGGCCCCUACCCUGUCGAUGCACCUAAACACAACACCGUGAGAUUCACACCUGCCCAGGUUGAAGCGAUUGCUUCCGGUACCCAGCCAGGCCUUACUGUCAUCGUUGGACCCCCAGGUACCGGUAAAACGGACGUUGCAACCCAAAUCAUCAAUAACCUUUACCAUAAUUUCCCCAAGGAGCGCACGCUUCUUGUCGCACACAGCAACCAAGCGCUCAAUCAGCUUUUCCAGAAGAUCAUUGCUCUAGACAUCGAUGAGCGUCAUCUAUUACGACUGGGACACGGCGAGGAAGAGCUGGAAACCGAUUCUAACUACAGCAAACACGGCAGGGUCGAGUCUUUCCUUGACAACCGUACCAACUAUCUUGCGGAAGUCAUGCGGCUGGCGGCUUCAAUUAGAGCCGAAGGCGCGCACGGGAACUCAUGCGAGACUGCAGGUUAUUUCAACAUGGUCUAUGUUCAACCAGCAUGGGCUAAGUUCUGGGAUCGAGCCAACUCCGAAGAAACUUCCACUGAAGAUAUUGUCACAUCGUUCCCAUUCCAUGAGUACUUCGUGAACGCACCUCAACCUCUAUUUGAAGCAGAUGCCUCGAAAGAGACAAUAUUGGAUGUAGCCUCAGGUUGCCAAAGACACAUUGAUCGGAUCUUUGCUGAGCUUGAAGACAUUCGGCCCUUUGAGAUCUUGCGACAGCCUCGAGACAAAGCCAACUAUCUUCUUUUGAAGGAGGCCCGUGUGGUUGCAAUGACAUCCACCCAUGCAGCGAUGCGCAGACAAGAGAUUGCGGAUUUGGGCUUCCACUACGACAACGUGGUUAUGGAAGAAGCAGCGCAGAUUACAGAAGUGGAGAGUUUCAUCCCCGCGGCCCUUCAAAACAUGAAGAAUGGGGAAUUACCUCUCAAACGUGUUGUUCUCUGUGGUGAUCAUUUCCAGAACUCCCCGAUCAUUCAAAACAUGGCUUUCCGACAAUAUGCCCACUUUGAGCAAAGUCUUUUCCUCCGUCUGGCUCGGCUAGGUGUGCCCGUGAUUACCCUAGAUAAACAGGGUAGAUCCCGGCCGAGCAUCGCAGAGCUCUUCCGCUGGCGUUACCAAGAGUUGGGAGACCUCCCGUCUGUCGAAACUCUACCGGAGUUCCAGCAGGCCAAUGCUGGUUUCCAAUUCGAUUACCAGUUCAUUAAUGUACCUGACUACCAAGGCAAUGGUGAGCGUGAGCCGACUCCCUAUUUUAUUCAGAAUCUGGGCGAGGCAGAGUAUGCUGUAGCCUUGUAUCAGUACAUGCGACUGCUGGGUUACCCGGCUGCGAAAAUCUCAAUUUUGGCUACCUAUGCUGGACAAACAGCUCUGAUUCGGGAUGUCCUGAAUCACCGCUGUGCCAAGAAUCCGAUGUUUGGUCUCCCCAAGAUCGUGACCACCGUGGAUCGGUACCAAGGAGAACAGAAUGAUUACGUUAUCCUUGCCCUCACUCGCACCCGCACUGUUGGAUACUUGCGUGAUGUUCGUCGUCUGACAGUUGCCCUGUCGCGUGCUCGCCUUGGUCUUUACAUCCUUGGUCGGCGGGAGGUAUUCGAAUCAUGCUAUGAGCUGAAGCCUGCAUUUGACCGUCUUUUGCAACGUCCGGACAAGCUGAUGCUUGCUCCGGGUGAGAUGUUCCCAACCACUCGAGCGCUGGACGCUGACGUCGCGGGCACCCCUAUGGAAGGAGUGGAACAUCUCGGACAGUAUGUGUUUGAGAUGACACAGGCCAAGGUGAAGGCUAUGGGUGAUGGCGCUAUGGCCCUUGAUGAUCCAGCUCCUGCUGUUGAGAAUGGUGCUGUGGACGAAGAUGAGGUUAUGAUGGGUGCAGAUGAAGACCAGGAUGGAGAUAUUGUAUGA